AUGGUUUCCGUUAACAAAGCAUCUUAUCCCAAGUCACAAUUCAAGAAGGUAUUGAAUUCUAAGACAACUUACCAAUUUAAAAAUGAUGAUAGCGACUUGUUGAUCUAUUUACUCUAUGUUGAUUAUGUCAACAAACUUAUGAACAAGGGCCGUGAUAUACAAGAAAGAAGCGGUAGUACAGAGAUUUCUACGAAUCAUUUAGAAUUGGCUAAUAGCGAGUUGCUGAAACGCUAUAGAGGCUAG